UUAAUGGCUCUCUAAACUUUCUGAGAGAGGUGACAUUUACCAAGACCUCUUCUCGCUUUCAGAUUUUAAUCUUUAUUAGAAUUUCAUUACUGGGACGCGUGAAUACAUUGGAGCCAGGACACAUCAGGUGGCCCAAGCCUGCAGGAUCCCUGCCGCCCCCAGGGCUGUAACAGGCCAGUAGGAUUCUAUAGCCAUUCCAGGCUAGAUUCAUCAUGAUAACUCCAGCAUUUGAACUUAGCCAAGAUCCAGAUUUUCUUACACUAACAAUCAAAGUACCUUAUGCCAGAAUUUCUGAGUUUGAUGUGUAUUUUGAUGGGGAGGAUUUUAAAUUUUAUGCUAAACCUUACUUUCUCAGACUGACUCUCCCUGGAAGAAUUAUUGAAGAUGGAAGAGAAAAGGCAUCUUACAAUACUGACAAAGGAAUAUUUACAAUUCAGUUACCAAAGGAGAUUCCUGGCCAGUACUUUGAGGGGUUGGACAUGCUAACAGCUCUCUUAGCCCCAAAGAAGGCAAGAUCAGCAAAACCUUUAGUGGAAGAGAUAGGUAACUCUGCUGAGCUUGCUGAUGAGCAAGAGGAGGAGGAGGAAGAAGAAGAACUUCACUGGGAAAUUGAACAGACUCCGUACCAGGAGACUGUAGAAAGUACUUUGCAUUUACAAUGCUCCUAUGGUUUUGGAAACUUAAAGUCAGGAGUGUUUCAGCGACUGCAGGAUGAACUUAGUGAUGUUAUUGACUUGAAGCAUCCAGACUCAACUCCUGUCAAAGAACGCAGGCAGAAGCGACUGGCAGCUGAGGCUGCCAAGUUUGAUCCUGAUCAUUACCUUGCUGACUUUUUUGAAGAUGAAGCUAUUCAGUUUGUUUUGAAGUACAAGCCGUGGUGGGUUGAUGCCUAUAAGAAAAAGAUGGCUUCCCAAGAAGGGAGUUAUCAGGAACUGGAGAGUCGAACAACUUUUGUCGUCUUUUCAGAAGAAGAGAAAGAGCAGCUAAGAAAAUUCACAAAUAAAUCUUACCUGCUGGAUAAAAGAACCUGUCAUCAAGUGUAUCUCAGCUUAGUUGAUAUCCUUCUGGCAUAUUGCUGUGAAGUCUGUGUUACUGGAGGAGAAAAGAAUGUUGAAUCACCUUGGAGUAUCAGAAAACUAAGUGCAACAUUGUGCUGGCUUGAGACUUUCAGUAGUAUUCCUGAUGUUCUGGUUUCCUUCGGAAGAAGAGUUUUAUGUUACCCGCUCUACAGACAUUUCAGAUUGGUGACGCGUGCAUUCAGUGACGCAGCCAUGGUACUGCAGUUAGGUAAAAGUGCUGUUUUGAAGUGUCUGCUGGAUAUUCACAAGAUUUUUCGAGAAAAUGACCCUGCCUACAUCCUUAAUGAUCUCUACAUUUCAGACUAUUGUAUUUGGAUUCAAAAAACUAAGUCCAAAAAGUUGGCAGCACUUGGUGAAUCUUUGCAGCAAGCCAAAAUUACUAAAGCUCACCUAGGCUUUGAGCUAGAAGAGCUGGAAACAGCAGCAGUUCUAGUACAGGAGGAAGAAAGUGUGUUAAAAGCUGCCGGUACAGUUUCCAAGCAACAGCUGCCUUCCUCUGAGUUAGAGACAAGUGACUCUGAAGAAUCAAGCAGCACUUCAUCAUCUGAGACAGAAGGCUCUGAUUCAGAUGAACAAGAGUCCUCAACCAGUGAAGAUGGGAAAAUACAUUCUUCACAAGGCACACUCCAAGAGAAGAGGACAGCCCCACUUAUUGACUGUAAUGGAUUACGGCGAGAGACAAACACUUUGACGCUAGAUCUUAGUAAUGAAAAAUCAAAGGCUCCUUUACCAUCUACAUCUGUUCCUGGAAAACUGAUAGAGGAAUUAGGAAAGCAAAUGCAGACUGCAAUUAAGCUUUCAGAACAGCCUGAAGGAUUGGCUGCUACCAGCUACACCGCUUUGCAGGAGAAAGGAGAAAAUUGUGCAGCUGAACCCAAGAUACUAUCACAAGAUCCUGCUGGGAAGGUAAAUACAUUGGAUGUCUCUUCAUGUAGAAACCCACUUCUUUUUCUAGACUGCACAAAUGAAGAUAAAGACUAAAUAAAUCUUGACCCUUUGGAUGAUACUCAACUCAGUGCUAUAAUGAGAUGCUCUUUCAGCUAAUGUGUGGUACAAGGGGCUGAUGUUUUUCCUUUCUCAUUUCUGUUGACUGUUUUUAAACACAAAGAUGCUUUGAAGGGAAUCAGCAAGGCUGUUAUCAAAACCAUCAUCGUUAGAUUUAUUUUUACAUCGGUGAUUCAUCAGAAAGUAAAACAUUGAUCCGUGAAUGUGAGAACCAUAACUUCAGUAAAUACUUUUAGGAGCAGUUUUCAGAAAGGUUAGUACUGGAAUGAAGGCAUAGUCCAAUGUAACCGAGUACAGUUACAGCUUCUUUAGGUGGGUGAUAUCUGUUUAGUAAAUAACCUGCUACAUGUAUAUGCAUUUUUAAUGCUAUUUUACAGCACUCUUUGAUUUAAAGUAUUUUAUGGCUAAUUUCCUCACUUAAGAGUUUAAUAAAUCUAAAU